UGCUGUCUGUAUUGAACCUACCCUCACGUACAGCUUAAGAUCAGCUUAGUCUUUUAUUUAGAUCAGAGCAAAGUCAUCUUGUGGCCUGCAGGUCAGUGGUUAGGUCCAGGCAGCUCCCUCCCAUCCGUACACCUCCCAACUGCCAUCACUGACUAGAAACAGGAAGUCAUGUGGCGAGAUAAUCAGUAGCACGAGCAUGAGACAGAAAGAGAGAGAAAUAGAGUGAGCAUUUUAUCAGGAGCAGAGAAGUGAAGUCUCAGGUGGACAAACAGACGAGAGCACCUUACCCCCACACAGAGCCCUGUAACUAAUGGCAACCUCAGUCCAGACUCUUCCUCUGACCCGUGGCCCCAACAAAAACUUCCGUAACCCGUUGCCCCUCUCGUCCCGUUGCGGCAUGGGAAGUGUAGGCAGUCUGGUGGAGAGGCCAGAUGUGUCUCCGACUAAAGGCAGCCGUGCAGUGCCCCAGGUGAGACCCAAACAGACCAACGGCCUCCUGAAGAAAGGCUUCACCCAAAGAGAGCUACUCAACUACCUCAACAUCACCAGAAAAGAGCCUAAAGCAAACACAAGCAGGGACGGUAAGAAGGACGUUAUCCCUGGCCUCAGCUCUGCCAGUGGCCGCAAGGAGGAAAACUUAUACGCCAAGGUCUACCAUAAAGACGGCACCGAAGUAGAUUUGACAAAGAACUCACUGCCAAGUGGGGGCAAGUAUGAAAAGGCUCGUUUAAGGUCUGCCUUCAAGCCAGUCACCCCCAAAAAUUUCAGCUCCAUGCAAAACCUCUAUCCAUCUUCCAAAUCGGAGGAUGUGGAACAUGGCCUUUCCAACGGGCUGCACAGAGCCUACGCCCACGUUCCCAAAGCUGUCUCCACCUCUUCCUCCUCUUCCACACCCUCCCGUCAUGGAGUACCGACAUCCAGUGGUAACAAGGCCCUCUCCUCGGUGCGUGGGAUGAGCCAGGAGGAUGAUAACCUGUCAGACUCGGGCCAUAACUCCAUGAGCAGCCUGCCGCCAUACCGGCCUCCCUUCCGCCCACACCUGUCUCACAUCAGUGCAUCUAUGGGCCACAUCAACACCAUCGGCUCCCUGGACCGCACCGCUCUGGGCCCAAAGGCUGUAGGGCCAGGGGGCGGGGCCAUAGGGGAGAUGGCGUGUCGGAGCAUGGCAACCCUGAGCCGUCUGGCUCCAUGUGGAGGGGAGGCUCCACCUCCUUAUGAAUGGACACUCUCCCUGUCUGUUGAGGAAGUGGUCCGGGAUCUGGAGGAGCGCCUGGUGGAGAAAGAACAUGAGCUGAAACAGAUGAAAAGAAACCUGGAUGAGAGUGAGGGCGCCAUCGCUCAGGUGUUUGAAGGGAAACAGCGUCUGUGGGAGAAGGAGGUGGAGGAGCUGAAACUCCUGUAUGCCGCCAAGCUGCGUCAGGUUUCCCAGCAUGCCCAGCGCUCCCAGCGCAGCCUGCAGUUGCAGCUGUUCAAGGCCCAGCAGGAGAAGAACCGACUGCAAGAGGAGCUCAACAGCCUGAGUAGGGAAAGGAGUCAGGAGGCUGAAGCCAUGGCAAAGCGAACCAGUCCCACUCUGGAGGAGACACAGUGGGAGGUUUGCCAGAAGUCAGGGGAGAUCUCCUUGUUGAAGCAGCAGCUGAGGGACUCCCAGGCGGAGGUGACCCAGAAGCUGAGUGAGAUCUUCCAGCUGAAGACGCAGCUCAGGGAGACCCGCACAGAUCUGCGUAACAGGGAGGGCCAGAUAGAUGCACUGAAGCUAGUCGUGCAGGGGACACAGCGUCGCAGGUGCCCCUCUCAGACUGCACAUGAGGAUGGAAAAGGAGCAGAAGAGAGUCCUUCAGCUGGGGCAACAGGAGGGUGCGGGGGCACCACGGAGGAGCGCCUGCGCGCAGAGCUCCUGCUGGAGCGACGCCAGAGCGAGGCCCAGGCCACGGCUUUCGAGGAAGAGAGGCAGACAUGGCAGGCAGAAAAGGACAAGGUUAUUCGCUACCAGAAGGAGCUGCAGGCCAGCUACUUAGAGAUGUAUCACCGCAAUGAAGCGCUGGAGAGGGAACUGCACCAGCUGAGGGCAGGCAGAGAGAGAGGAGGAGGUGGAGGCAGCGGCAGCAGAAAUGGGACAUUGGAAAGAGAAGUGCCAGAGCUGAGGAGUGAGAGAGCGGGUGAAAAACAAGAGGACAGACCUUCCUCUGGUUUGCCGUGGAUAGAGAGAAUAGAAUCAUCUGAAAUUUGAAUGUGACAGACUUAACCGGCAUUUGUAAGGCAAAUAGUUUUAUCCAGGAAACAUGUUUUCUACAGAAGUCCAAAAAUAGACUAAGUUAAAAUGAUGAGAUAAGUAAACAUUUUUACUUACUAAGACUUGCUAAACAUUUUAAGAACUAAGUUUUGACCUAAGUCAGAAAUUAUUAAAGAUACCACUUUAGUAAUUAUGACUAAAUAAUUUACAUUUUCAGUUACUAAGUCAAAAUGCUUUAUUGAACACAUUUCUUAAACAAAAUGAUGAGGUCCUGGGUCAAAAUUUUGAUCUGCUAUGUGAAAAUGAUGACAUACUCAGUCAAAAUGACGAGACAUUAAGUCAAGAUUGAGAUCAUAGUAUCUCAAAAGUUUGACUAAUAAUUAUCUCAUAAUUUUGACUUUGAUGAGUAUUCGUAUUUUUAUCAUGCAUAACUUUUCAUCUAUUUUUCUUCUUCUGCCGGCAAAAACAUGGGCUUCCAUAGUUUCCUGUCCGUUUGCCAUUCUCUGCCCAUGCACCCUUGUUGAUUGUUUAAUGCCCUGAUCCUGCAAAGACCGGACCAACAACCCCUACAGAACACACUAAGAAAUACUGUCUGAGCCUCAUCUGUCCUUGGCAGAAGAAUCGAGUCAACUCUGUAAAAAAUACAGCCAAACACCGAGACAAUUUAUAUCCUGGUUGUUACUAUUUUGUGUUCAUUUGGUAGUUACUUUAUGGUUUGGACUGCUUGACAGUAACCAAAGGAUUCAAAGGGAUUUAGUGUGGCCCAGUAACAUCUCAGCACCUGUUCAGUCUGUGGUUCUGUGGAUUCAGGGUUCACCUGGGUUCUGUGAGGAAAGCUGCAUCUCUGGGUUAAGUAUAGGUAUCGGGGAUUAAAGCGAUCUGGUGCCAAGGUACAAAUGCUAUUUCUUUGCCAUCAGGAAAACUGUGUACCAUACUUAAGAAACUGGAAAUGUUGGACUUUUUUCCAGCUCCUGUCAGGUGAUAUCAAUAUAUUUUGUACAUAAUAUUAUUUUGAUUUGAUUGGCCUUUUGUCAUUGUAUUUCAAGCACACUGUUGUCUUAAAUGGGCAUAUUUCCACAUCUUUUGAUUGCAGUGGAAGCAAUCAGCAGAUUAGGAUAGUGAACAUAACUGCCCUGCUUAUUGGUGCACAUACCCAGCCAACAGCAAUUCAAUGCAUGACAUAGGUGAAGUUGUUCUCUUGUAUUGUUUAUUAGUAAUAUAUGAACAUUCAGAAGCCAGCUCUCAACCAACGUUUCAACAUACUGUGACUCUUGUCUAUUUACUGGAAUUAAAACUGUACAGUAUAAAUAUAUAUGUUUGUUUUGGAUUCAUAAAAAACCUUAUGAAGCGGUUUAAAAGCUGUUUAGUUGGUGCUUACCCUGACGCCAUUUUCUGGUGUAAAUCAAGGCUGCAAAAUGCUUUAUAAUAGGCUAUUCUGUCCACCGUUGUCUGAAUUAAACUCCCCAGAAAUCACUUGUCGAAAUGUUAGCAGUGUAACUGAUGACAUUCACCCGAGGGCUCAGACGCCUGUCUGCUCUGAAGGGGCUUAAAAUCUCCACAGAGCGUGCCAAUAAAACCCAAGGACAGGAGAUUUAUGACAGAAUGAACAACCGAGCGGUGGAGGCUUUUGGGACUAAUGUGGCUUUUAGAGGUUGAGCCUUGAAUCCUUAUCUCAGCCUCUCCCUUAGGCCCUCCUGCUCUACCCCAGCCAGUCCUCACAUACCAUCUCCUGCAGUACAGACAGCGAGGAGCUGGAAGGUCAGCUGAGAUGGAAACAUAGGACGAUCCCUGUUUGCCCAAGAAAAUAAGCAUUUAAUAUGGAAACCACCAAAGUAGAACGGGGUGCCAAGGAUAUCAUGGCCGAGAUGAGAGCUUAACACUUGGCUCUUUUUAAAUUCCUGCGUUAUGUUAAUGGCUAUGCAUGAGUGAAAGCAUAUCUAUAAAAGAGUGUUAAAAGUGAGGGAUAGCACAUGCAAGUCCAUAACGUAGGUUUAUUUUGUACACACGAUCAUAAUCUGAAUAGCUAUGAGCUGUGGCUGACUCACAAAGCCCUUACCUUGGCAUUUAAACAUUAUAUAAACUGGGGAUGAAUAUAACUGCGCGGGUCAGGAGUGGUGUACUGUAGUGGGAUGAGAAAGGAUUCUUACCUCACGUUACCAGUCUGUAGGAGGGUUGCAAUGCUGAAUGCCAUCAGUACUGUUUAUCUGAUGAGUUCCCAUGAUUAUUAAACAGUGUAUAAUUCAUGUAGGGGACAACUGGAUCAUUGUGUGAAACUCAUUUCAAAUUAAAACCUCUAGCCUGAGAUCUAAUAGAUUUGAAGGCUAUUUAAUCCGGAGUGUGGAUAUUACAGCAAUAGCGCCACCAAGUGGUGAUGAAAGGAGGGCCGAGCAGCUGUAAAACCAAGAAGAAAAAUGGUCAGUGAGUUAUGAUAGGAGCAGGCCACCACCGAACGCCAUCACACGCCUCCAAAACUGACUUGGAGUAUAAAUUUUUAUUUUCAUUUCAGAUGCAAGUAUAUGAAACAUGUUAGAGGAUAAAUAUUUACAAUAAAAGUUGCAUAACACACAGAAAGCAGGAAAUGCAAACAUUCAACAGAAACAUUACGACAGGAGUACAGAGCGCUAGCAGUCUAUCUGAAGGAUCACUCAAAGAAGCAAUGAAUGAUUGUCAACCAAAGAAAGAAAAACAGAGGAAAUUCAGUGAAAGUCCACACAAAACAUGUGUGUUAACCCAUUUCCAAAAUAAAACCAAGAUUU